CUGCCGGGCAGCUGCGUGAGAGGCCGCGCGCCGGUGGCUGUUCCCACAGCCAUGGAGGCUCGGGAGGCGCUGGAGGAGCUGCGCGCGGCGCUGCGCGCGGUGCUGGCGCGGGUCAGAGAGGGCGAACCGGGUGAAGGCCGUGAGCCGUUCGAGCCCUCGCGCUUCUGGGACGCGCUAGGUCAGACAUUCAAAGAAACAUCACAAGAAGCUACAAAGCUUAGUCUGGCAUUCUCAAGGUCUCCACUGCCUUCUGCAGAGAAUUGUCAGAAGCUGAGCGAAGAUGUCCAAAACGCCAUUCUUGCAGUUGCCACAGUGUACUACUGGCUCCCCAAGGGCCAAGGUACUACUCUUCGGAAGAUGGUACGAGAUGCUACCACUGAAGUAGUGGAAGGAAUGAUCCAACUCACAGAAACUAUUCUCAUUUCUCCAUUGGAGAGCUUGUCUCAGGAACAGCUUAUAUCAACUGGUGGUGUGUGGGAAGCAUGCGAGCAAGUGUCCAGCCUGCCACGAAAUAACCAGGCAGCAGUUGCAUCAGCUCUGGCUGCCUGUCUGAGUGUGGUCAAGGAUGCUCUGGAGGAGAUGGAAAAUGCUCUGGUGGAAGGGCAAGACCCCUACAGUGAUAUCACGGAAGAUGAAGAGCUUGGCUUUCGGGGCAACAGAGAUACCUAUUGGUCAGAAGCUGACCGGAAACUGCUUAGCUCCUGCAUGGGAUUAAUAAAGGCUUCCAAAGCUUGCCUGAAGAAGGUCUUGAGUGUAGUGAAGGCUUAUGGUAAAGCUGAAUCUCCAGAGCAAAUUGCUCAGCUGGAUGACCUUGCAGACAUUGCUAAUGAGAUCAGUCCAAGUGUUGAUGAGUUGGCACUGAGCAUGUAUCCACCUGUGAACCAGCUGGCUGUGCGACUCAACGCUGCUAAAUUGGCCUCAAUAUUAAAGAAAGUCUUAGAGAUUACAAAGACAAGCCAUGUCUGUCCACCAUCAGAGGAAGGCUGGGUGCAGUUUCUGACUGGUGCAGUAGAUCACAACAUGGACAAAAUCAAGAACUUCACACAGGGUGAACUUUAGCUCUUCUGUGUCCACGUGUAGCUCCUGCUGGCCCUGAUGUAUGCCUUUUCAGUGAAUCUGGCCAUUCUCCAGCUGCAGGGAGAAUGAUGAGGACAGUGCUCUUAAGAGAGAACUUCAAUGCCACCUGGCAAAACUCACAAAAAAUCACCCUUUGCAAUUGCAGGUGGUGUCAUUUUGCUUGGACUCUUGGGAUGGUGCAGUGCUGAAUCCUACUGUUGUGAAUGUGCCCAGCUUUUCAGACAUUACAACGGCUGUGGGGUUCAAGGAACAAUAAAAUGCUGCUAGAUUUGUGUGGUUAGCUGCAUCUGUUUUCAGGUGGCAGAGAAUAUACAUAGAAUAAUAGGAUCUUGCUGCUUUUGCAAGCCAAAUGAGCCGUUA